UCUCCCUUGUUUUGCAUCGACUUUCUCGGCAGCUGCGGUUUAUAUAUCAUAAUGAUCAAAUUGAUCAAAUCAAUGUUUCAGGCAAUAACUCGUCCGAUUCAAUACCUGAUCAUAUGUUAUCUCCGGUAUGUUUCCGGAUCUCCUUCAUUGACUGAUACAAAACAUGAUCAUUACGUCACCACGCUUGUCAUCGAACACUCAUACAAGUUUGUGAGGGAAAACAUCCUCUAUUCCUCCACUCACGCUUAUGUUUUCAAUAAGCUCGGCAUAAUUCACCCGGUCAAUUACCAUGUCGGCGAACUCACAUUGGCCGAUAGCUACCAAGGGAUCGAGCUCAGCUGGAGAAUUUUCUAUAAUAAAAGUAUCGGAAGGGAAUCAUUCGAGCUGAGAUUUGACAAAAGACACAAAGACUUGGUCUAUAACUCUUACCUACCUUACGUAGAGAGCACGGCAAAGGAGAUGACGACAAUUCCGGAGGUGCACAUAUAUUCUCAAUCCUUUGACACUUGGGAAACCAAACCCCUCGAGCACCAUUCGACCUUUGAAACAAUUGCUAUGAAGGAAGAGCUCAAGCGUGGCCUCAUCCACGAUCUUGAUAUGUUCGUCCGAAGGAAAGAUCUCUACGAUAGAGCUGGGAGACCCUGGACGAGAAGUUACUUGCUGUAUGGUCCACCGGGGACAGGGAAGACGAGCCUGGUGGUUGCUAUGGCUAAGUACCUUAACUUCGAUGUCUACGACCUACAGCUCUCGAGAGCGGUGGAAAGCUACUUCAAUCCAAGAAAACUGCUUUCAGGAGUCAUGAACAACUCUAUUCUCCUCGUAGAGGAUAUAGAUGAGCUUUGA